UUUCAGUGAGAUAUUUGGAUGCAGAUUUAGGGUACUCAUAUAAUUGUCAUUGAAAAGAAAUUUUUGCUCUGAAUGCAAUCUGACGUCAACAGACGCCGAAACAUUUUGUUUAACAAGAUGGCACAAGGCUCAAGGUUUAAAUUACUUUUCUCCAAGAACAAACCCAAGCCCAAGCCUGACAUUAACGAAACCUGGCAGCAUGACAUGUUCGAACCAUACGAAGAAUCGUUCAGAGCUGAUGAACGACAAUCGCGACGGCGUGAAAAUCAUCGAUCAGCACAAAUCAAUUUGUCCAACUUGGAACGAAAAGUCUCAAAGGAAGAUCUGUACGAUUUGUUCUCGUUGAUUGGAAACUUGCAAGACGUACGCCUAGCUUGUGACAGAUAUGGACGGUCGGAAGGGACAGCCAUUAUAGUGUUCGAACGAAACGUGGAUGCAGUGGAAGCAAUGCAUCGAUAUAAUGGAUGUUGCCUAGACAAUAAAGUCUUGAAAAUGGAACUGAUGCACAGUUCCAGUGAAACAUCGGUGCCGGUUCGCUACAAGAAUAGCAUUUCGAACGACAUUCAGACAAACGAUGUUACCUCGCGAUCUCACAUGAUGGAUGUUCAAAAUGUGGUAGAUCAUUUCGCAUAUCUGCAAAUAAAUAAGUAGAAAUUAC